AUGGAGCUGGAGGCCAUGAGUCGGUGCACCGGCCGGGUCAGGUCGGCUGUCUCCCCAUGCUUGACUGUGGCACUUCUGGCCAUCGGCAUGUUCUUCACUGCCUGGUUCUUCGUUUGCAAGGUCACCUCUACCAAGUACACACUCGAUAUUUACAUAGAGCUCCUCAUCUCCUUGGUGGCCUCGCUCUUCAUGGACUUUGGAGUCCUCUUCCUCCUGCUCUGGGUUGGCAUCUAUGUAUGA